AUGUUUGAAGAAGCAAUUGAUUUAUUUAUUCAACGUAAAUUACGUGCUGUUGAACCAACAGUAGCUUAUGAACCAUCUCAAGUAAUAGAAGCAUUAUUAAGAUGUAAUACUGGUCAAGUUAUGGGUAAAACAGUUUUUCGUAUAACUUCAUCUGAUCAACCAUUAAAUAUUAACAAAACCCAAUCUAAUAGUUUAUUAAAGGGAGUAAAGAAAAUAAAUUGA